AUGGUUGUGACUUUUGGCCCUACUGGACUAACCACUGAAGUUAAAUAUGUGGAGAUGCACUAUGUCGAUUGCUACACCUGCCACAUUGCUAUCAAGUUCGCUAAACUCCUGACCAAGAUUGACAUGCGAUCUGGUAAGGAGCUUGAGAAAAAGCCCAAGUUCUUGAAGAACGGUGAUGCAUGGCUUAUUAAUAUGAUUCCCACCAAGCCCAUGGUGGUUGAGACUUUCUCAGAGUAUCCUCCACUUGGUCGAUUUGCUAUGAGGGACAUGCGUCAGACUAUGGCCGUGGGAGUCAUCAAGAAUGUGGAUAAGAAGGAUCCUACCGGAGCCAAGGUCACCAAGUAUGCAACCAAGAAAGGCAAAUGA